GUCUGCUGGCUGCCUGGGGCUGCUUUCUCUGGUAUGAGAAUUCAGCAUACCUCAUUGGAGAGUGGUGAAGUAUGACGCAAAUGGCCUGCUGCCACAGACGCGGGAUUAAUUUUGUAUUCUGGUGCAGUGAGAGAGAGAGAGACAGUAGGAAAUAGAGAUGCCAGGCACAUCGCCCACUGCUUCACAGAAGGGGAACGGAAGAGCGUUUUUAAGUCCUUGCAGCUUGCCGUUUCCAUGCCCUGGUUUUGCUUUAGAGGUUAGCAAAUGGAGUGUCGAUUGCGACUGGGCUUUCCGGGGGAGCACCAUUUAUCUAGGUCUUUCAAUUUGUUUACCUCUUUGUCCUGUUUUGUUGACUGCACUGAGCACCACAACCCAACUCUGACCCCGGUUACACCAGUCCUGUCUGCCUCCCAUCUGCCAGCCUGCCUGUUUGUGGAAAGGCAGACAAACAUAUCACUGAGAACGUUCCGGAAGGGCGAUUACCCAACGGCACGCUCCCCGUAGGAAGAUGGGGUGAUCCUCUCCCGAUUCCACACAAACCAACUUAUCGUUCCACGGCAUCCAUGUCUGACGACUCCGACUCCAAGCCCUACCUGUUCUCGGCCCUGGAGGGUCGGGAGGAAGGGGCGGUGGCCUGCGGCCCCAUGGCCCAGCUGCACAGGUUGAGCGGGUACGGGGAGGGCCGCGGGCGGGGCGGGGCAGAGCUGGGCCUGGCCUCGGAGGGCAGCGACAGCAGCAGCCAGGACCCCGGCCCCUCCACCCACGCAGACCGCAAGCGCGCCCGCUCGCUGCACGAGGAAGACGUGGAGAUGAAGAGCAGCGGGUCCAGCGGCAGCGGGACCGAGUCCCACGGCAACGAGUCCCACGGCAACCAGUCCCGCGGCAACCAGUCCCACGGCAACUCUUCGCUGGGCAGCUCCAACAGCACCAGCAAGGAUUCUGCCCUCCUGGAGUCAUCCGGGAGCAACAAGAGCUCAAAUUCCAACAGCCCCUCCCCACCCAGCAGUUCCAAUGCGUUCAGUCUCCUGAGUGCCAGCUCUGAACUGGACAACCCCUCCACCAGCGGCUGCAGCAGUGAGGAGUCUGCCAAGGCGAAGACUCAGAAGGAGCUGCUGAAGACGCUGAAGGAGCUGAAGCUCCACCUCCCGUCGGAGAAGAGGGCCAAGGGGAACAAGUCGGGUACACUCAAUGCCCUGAAGUACGCCCUGCGCUGCGUCAAGCAGGUGGAAGCCAAUGAGGAGUACUACCAGCUGCUUAUGAUAAAUGACAGUCAGCCAUCAGGCCUUGACGUGUCCUCUUAUACCAUCGAGGAGAUCGAUAGCAUCACUUCUGAGUACACCCUUAAAAACACGGAUAUCUUCGCGGUGGCGGUCUCCCUGAUCACGGGUAAGAUCGUGUACAUCUCGGACCAGGCCUCUUACAUCCUCAACUGCAAGCAGAGCGUCUUCAAGAACGCCAAGUUUGUGGAGUUCCUGACCCCGCAGGACGUCAGCGUGUUCUACAGCUUCACCACGCCGUACCGCCUUCCCUCCUGGAGCAUGUGCACUGGAGCGGAGUCCUCUCCGUCUGACUGCAUGCAAGAGAAGUCCUUCUUCUGUCGCAUCAGCGGGGGCAAGGAGAGGGGGGGAAACCUGCAGUACUACCCCUUCCGCAUGACGCCGUACCGCAUGAAGGUGCAGGACACGGAGCACGCUGAGGACCAGUUCUGCUGCCUGCUGCUGGCAGAAAGAGUGCACUCUGGCUACGAAGCUCCCAGAAUCCCCACGGACAAGCGGAUAUUCACCACCACGCACACCCCCGGCUGCAUCUUCCAGGAUGUAGAUGAGAGGGCUAUCCCUUUGCUGGGUUUCCUGCCACAGGACCUAAUCGGCACCGCAGUCUUGCUGCAUCUGCACCCCAGCGAUCGACCAAUCAUGUUGGCCAUCCACCGGAAGAUCCUGCAGUACGCCGGCCAGCCUUUCGACCACUCAUCCAUCCGCUUCUGCGCCCGCAACGGGGAGUACGUCACCAUCGACACCAGCUGGUCCAGCUUCGUCAACCCCUGGAGCCGCAAGGUGUCCUUCAUCAUCGGGAGACACAAAGUCCGCAUGGGCCCUGUUAAUGAAGACGUGUUCGCGGCUCCUCCCUCAAUAGAAGGAAAGGCCAUGGACUCGGACAUCCAGGAGAUAACCGAGCAGAUACACCGACUGCUGCUGCAGCCCGUGCACAACAACGGGUCCAGUUGCUACGGCAGCAUGGGCAGUAACGAGCACCUGAUGAGUGUGGCCUCGUCCAGCGACAGCAACGGAGGCCGGCCCCGGCUGGAGGAGGAGGAGUCUCGCAAAGCCAAGCCACGCACGUUUCAGGAGAUCUGCAAAGGUGUCCACAUGCAGAAGAACCAGGACCAGCAGGGGGCAGCAGCCUUCGCCCCCAAAACCGAACCCAAGAGGGUGUCUGGCACAGAGUCUCAGCAGAAGAGCCCUGCCGUGAGGCCCAAGGACUCGGCCGUGCAUCUGAGCGGGAAGGAGAACGUGGCCAGCAUGGAGGAGCUGACCUACAAAGACCAGACUGUUUACUCCUACCAGCAGAUCAGCUGCCUGGACAGUGUCAUCAGGUACCUGGAGAGCUGCAGUGUCCCCAUCACCGUGAAGAGGAAGUGUCAGUCUUCCUCCAACACGGCGUCCACCAACUCCGACGAAGACAAGCAGAGCGCCGCCGAUAACGCCAUGCAGGUGUCCGAAGAACCGGCACUUUUAGAGGCUCAGCCUGGGCUCCCUCCCAUGAAGGUUCACAAAGAGCCUGCGGGGGCAGCAGUGGGCUCCUCCCUCGCGCCCCUGGCCCUGCCCAGCAAAGCAGAGAGUGUGAUGUCCAUCACUAGUCAGUGCAGCUACAGCAGUACCAUUGUCCACGUGGGAGACAAGAAACCUCAGCCCGAAUCUGAGAUAAUCGAAGAUGUGAGUGGAGCAGGAGAGGUGGGGGAGGGGCCGGCGCUGGCCCCGCCCAGCAGCACCAUGUCUCUGCCCACCCAGGAGAGGGAGGCCUAUAAGAAGCUGGGCCUGACCAAGCACGUGCUGGCCACGCACACGCAGAAGGAGGAGCAGGUCUUCCUCUCCCGCUUCCGGGAGCUGCGGGGCAUACUCUCCCUUCAGGCCGACCGGCACAGAGCUCAGCCUCCCGCAGACGCACAAGCCCCCGCUGAAGGGCAGAAACAAGGCAAGGGGGCUGGCCGGCCAGAGUCUGCCCACAGGAGGGGCGGGCGCGGCAAGAAGACCAAGUCCAAGCGCGUCAGGAAGCACGAGUCUUCAGACAGCACCGCCUCCCACGGGCAGCAGCCCCGGCGCCCUCCCCGGCAGGGCCUCAACCAGACCUCCUGGUCGCUCUCGGAAACCUCCCAGCCCCAGACACUCCCCAUGGCCUACCCCGCGGCCUACCCCAUGCAGAUGUACCCCGGGGCGGGUCCGGAGACCUCCCGAGUCCACCCCUCCGUGCCGGGCUACGGGAACGCCCAAGGUCCCUGCCUGCCCAUGCAGCCGACGCCUUAUUCGGCACCGCUGGUCACGCCCAUGGUGGCUUUGGUGCUGCCCAAUUAUAUGUUCCCCCAGAUGGGGAGCGGCCCACACCAGCCCUUCUACCCGGAGCAGAACUCCUUCCCGCCCCAAACCGCCUUCAACGGGCCCGCCUCCUUCUCAGCCACGCCCGUGUUCCCCGUCCAGCCACAGUUCGCCUCUCAGAAUCCCUUUCCCGCCCAGCCCUUCCCCUACGGCAUGCCCGCCCAAACGCCCAAGAGCUUCGCCCCGGAGCCCCGGGAGGGGGCCUCCCGCUCGUCCACGCCCCAGUCGCUAGGCGCCCGCGACCAGGCCUCGCCCCCCCUCUUCCAGUCCCGCUGCAGCUCGCCCCUCAACCUGCUCCAGCUGGAAGAGACGCCCCGCUCCGCCGAGAAGCAGGACGGCUCGUCGCCCCCCGGAGGCCCCCAGGGGAACGUCAUGAUGGAGACGAGCGUGGCAGCCUGCCCUCGGAAAUCCAGCAAGGAGAUGCAGCAGCGUUCACUCCAUCUGUCUGGGCUAGCACAGACGUCUGGAGGGACUGGCUAUGUCCCUGGUCCAACAGGACCCGCUUUUCCAAAGCCCACUUGCAGUUUCGAUGUGCUUUUACCAUGGUUACAGUCACAAGAGGGUCUUGCUUGGAAUAAAGUGUGCUGUAGACACGUUUGUGGCAGUAACGAGGCGGGUUCCCACAGCGACGGCCAUCACAGCGACGCAAACUCCACCCUGAGCGAUCUGAUGGACAUCCUGCUCCAGGAGGACUCUCGAUCCGGAACGGGGUCGGCCACCUCCGGAUCUCUAGGCUCCGGGUCCAACGGCUGUGGCACCUUCGCCAGCGGCACCUCAGGCAGUGGCACAGGGAGUAGCCAUGUCAGCAACAACAGCAGCAAGUACUUUGGCAGCAUCGACUCGUCCCAGAACAGCCACAAGGCCCAGGUCCCAGAGCAGGAGGGGCAGCAGCCUUUCGUCAAGUGCGUCCUGCAGGACCCGCUCUGGCUCCUCAUGGCCGACGCGGACGAGUCCGUCAUGAUGACCUACCAGCUGCCCUCACGGGAGGUGCAGAAGGUGCUGAAGGAGGACCGGGAGAGGCUGCACAGGAUGCAGAAGAGCCAGCCCUGCUUCAACGAGCAGCAGAAGAAGGAGCUGGCCGAGGUGCACCCCUGGAUGAAGAAAGGAGGUCUGCCUCAAGCCAUCAAUGUCAAGGCAUGUGCGUGCUGUGAGGACGUCUCCUCAGCUCUGAUAGAGGAGGAGCCGCUGGAUUUGGAAAUGGGGGAGACUGCUGAAGAGGCCGAAAAAGCCAGCGAGGAAACCCAGCAGACCUAACCCUGCCACGACCCAGCCGCUGAUUAACACUGCCCCCUGCAGGACGAGAGACUCAAGCACAGGCCAGAGCGCUUCAGCUCCCUGUGCACACCAAGAGAGGGGUGUACUCACGGACUCUCAGCGCCAGCACACAGGCAACCGGGUCUGCCCGUGGGCGCUAUGGACACAGCGCGAGAACUGCUACGCCGUGGCCCCCAACUACAGCUACCUGUGCGGAAGACUGUCGCUUGGGACAACACCAGUGUCCGUGGUCAAACUUUUGAUGUUGAUGAUUAUUUAUUUUUUAUAAAAAAACUAAAAUGGUCACUUCAAAAAAUAUGAAAACGGUUUGUCUGUCACAGAGCAAAGUUUGAAUUGUCCGUCAUGGAAGGACGAUGGUGCUGACCCCUGCUUUCGCUGCAGCCAGAAGCAGCCGUCGUUACUGCGCCCAGACUAUCGUGGAGGCGUGUGACGUGACAAUCGAUUUUUGUCUCCACUCGCAUCCUUUUACGCACACUCGCAUCCGUUUGUUGGAUGUCAGGUUUUUUAGUUUUUUUUUUCAAUAUCCUGUCAGGUUUGAAUUUGGUCAAAGCAGGUCUUUAAACGUACGUUACUGUGUCGUUUGUCCCCCCUCGGAUUAUUCUCUUUUUUAUGUAUUUUAUAUGUUUUGUGGAAAAAUACUACAAAAUAUUUUUUAUAAUUAAAGAAAAACGAGAAGGAAAAGAAAUGACCGUAAAACUCACGUGAAUUAGUGGGGGAGAUGAUCAGUUUCCUCUAACUUCAUUAACCUUGGGAUAUAUACAUAUAUAUAUAUAUAUAUUGUGUAGAUUUUACUUAUUUAUGAACUGAAAGCACUUUGUCGCCAAUUAUUUGAGAGUAAGGUUUAAUUCUCAAUGGCUUCAAAAACAUAUUUUUGUAUACGUAACUACAUAACUGUAUAAAAGCAUUGUGCUCAAACUGAGGGGUGCAGGGAAAGAUGUGUUGUAAACUAAAUAGACCAAGAUAAUUUACACUGCUGAAUUGUCUGAUACUGUGUGUAAUAUAUUUUAAGGUUUUUGGACAGUGACAACACAAUAUUUGUUGUUUUGGUUCUACUCCAGCACAUUGGAUUUGAAAUGAAACGAUGAAUAUGAGGUUAAAGUGCAAGCUGUCAGCUUUAAUAAGGCUACUUGCAUCCAUGUGCAUUGAUCCAUACAUGAAUCACAGCCCUUUAUUAUACAGACCCCCCCCCCCACAUUAACAUAAUCUUAAAUAUAGUUGCCAUGUCUAGUACUUAAAUGCAGCAGCAACAUUCUCCAAAUGCAAAUCACACACCUAGAAUCAACUUUUGUUCAUUUUCUUGUGCAUGAACUAAUGCUGCAAAAACACAUGGAACAGCUGAGGCUCCAGUUCUCCAAUUACCUUUGCUCCCAGAAAAUGUGGGGACUAUGUAUGAAAAUGGUUGCAAGUCCUACAUGGUUCACCUGAUUUGGAUGUAAAUACCUACGACUUAUAGCUAAGAGUCUGUAUUCAUUGCUUCAUUUCACUUCCAAAACAAAAAUGGUAUCACUUUCUAAAUACUUAUGGACUACACUGCAAAUAUAGCCAGUGUUUUGUGGGACCUGUUAACCUGUCAACUGACAAUCAGCUCUUGUGACAGUGGGGCAAUAACUGGCACUGAGUCAAUUAAAGAAUAUAUGUAUUUGUAAUACAGUACACUGAACAAUAAGGCUGUGUUUGUGAACCAUACCUGUGUGCUGUAUACUCACAGUUUAGAGUACUGUUCUCACAUUCCGCGAUGGAACAUAUUUUUCCUCAGAGGAGUAGCGUAAUUGUGUUUCCUGUUGACAAAUUUUUACAGCUAUGAGUCCCUUUCUGUGUGCACGCUGUAAGGCGGGUGUGACAAUGUUAUUUGUAUAAAGGUCUUGAUUGAAGCAAAUUGCAAAACUUUAUCUCCUAAAAGGAAAACAUACUAGUGACUGAAUGUAAAGUUCCAAACUGUUGCAUAUAUGUUUUUGUCUUUGUGUUAUUGUAUGGUCAGACAUGGGAGUGGGUGAAAAAUUAUUUUCCAUUUUUGGGGAAAUGAAUGCCUUCCUGUGCUGUGAAUGUAUUCAUAAAUUAUAUUGUAAUGACAUUUUAA